GGGACUAGGAGUUUGAGUGAGAGAUAUAGGGAAGGAAAGGAAGUGAGCAGGCACAGACACUGGCAGCCACCAGGAGUUCAAGCCUCUUCGGCAUCAGGAGGCUAGAAGAAAGGACACAAGUGGCUAUGGCUGUGAUGGGGAUCUUACUGGGCCUGCUACUCCUGGGCCACCUAACAGUGGUCACCUAUGGUGGAGAAAAUGGGUCCUCCACAAUGGGAGGUGACUUAUCCAGAAUCACUUCAUACCAAGGUCAUCCCAUCCUAGAAGCAGCAGAGAGUGUGACAGGGCCCUGGAAAGGGGAUGUGUAUAUUCCAUGCACCUAUGGUCCCUUGCAAGGCUACACCCAAGUCUUGGUGAAGUGGCUGGUACAACGUGGCUUAUAUCCAGUCACUAUCUUUCUACGUGACUCCUCUGGAGACCAUAUUCAGCAAGCAAAGUACCGGGGCCGCCUGCACGUGAACCAUGAGGUUCCAGGAGAUGUGUCCCUACAACUGAGUACCCUGGAGAUGGAUGACCGGAGCCACUACACAUGUGAAGUUACCUGGCAGACUCCUGAUGGCAACCGAGUGGUGAGAGAUAAGAUCAUUGAGCUCCGUGUCCAGAAACUUUCUGUCUCCAAGCCCACAGUGACAACUGGCAGCAAUUAUGGCUUCACAGUGCCGCAGGGAAUGAGGAUUAGCCUUCAAUGCCAGGCUCAAGGUUCUCCCCCCAUCAGUUAUGUUUGGUACAAGGAACAGACUAAUAACCAGGAACCCAUCAAAGUAGCAGCCUUAAGUACUUUACUCUUCAAACCUGCAGUGGUGGCCGACUCGGGCUCCUAUUUCUGUACUGCCAAGGGCCGGGUUGGCUCUGAGCAGCGCAGCGACACUGUGAAGUUUGUGGUCAAAGACUCCUCAAAGCCAUUCAAGACCAAGACUGAGGCACCUACAACCAUGCAAUCCCUCUUGGAAGCAACAUCUACAGUUAACCCAUCCUGGAACCGGACCACUGACAUAGAUGGUUACCUUGGGGAGACCAGUAAUGAGCCAGGAAAGGGCCUGCCUAUCUUUGUCAUCAUCCUCAUCAUCUCUUUGUGUUGUAUGGUGGUUUUCACCAUGACUUAUAUCAUGCUCUGCCGGAAGACAUCUCAACAGGAGCAUGUCUAUGAAGUGGCCAGGGUGCAUACCAGGGAAGCCAGCGACUCUGGAGAAACCAUGAGGGUGGCCAUCUUCUCAAGAGACUGCUCCAGGGAUGAGCCAGCUUCCCAGGCUCUAGACAACGACUACUCUGGUGAGCCCCACCUGGGCCAAGAGUACCAGAUCAUCGCCCAGAUCAACGGUGACUACGCCUGCUUGCUGCACACAGUUCCCCCGGAUCAUGAGCUUCUGGCCACUGAGGGCAAGAGUGUCUGCUAAAAACAGCCCACCAGGCCAGGGUCUGCUGAUAUAAUUGCCUUUUUAGUCCCUGCCUUCUGUAUGGCCUCCUUUCCUGCUAUCUUUCUUCCUGGAUAGCCCAAAGUGUCUACCCUGGCAACAUUGGGACCCCUGAGAGUGACUGGAUUUGCCUAAGAAUUUGCCAUAUGCAUUGCAAGCAAGGCAGCUGCUGGAUUUGGCCCUGAGCUCUUCUAGUAUCCCUGCCUGGGGCUUCUGCUGCUCCUCUCCAAACACCAGAGAGGAAGUGCCUAUAGCACUAAGACUUCAACAUUGUGACUCCAGGCACCACUCAACUUUGGCUUCUUGCCACCAGACGACUAGAGGGAGGCUCAGCUCUGCCAGUUUGCUCUUGAACUGUAAGCCUAGUGCUCUGGUAUUCUUUUGGUGCUCAAUAAAUAAUUAAUCAUGAUAGCAAUCUAA